GAAAAGGAACGAUCAAACAGAAAAUGAAAUCAAUCCAAUUCAACAUGAGCACCAUAGCGAUUGCGAUGGCUCCCUCUUCACCACUGCUCAGCGUUUCCCCAAAUCGCUCAUCGAUGCUUCUCCUCACCAAAUCGAUUCCAUUCUCUUCAUCUUCUUCAAUUCAUCCUCCUCUAUUCGCAAAUCUCAGAGGCAGCAGCAGAAGCAUUACGCGGUGCGAGGUCGCCGUGGAAGAAUCAUCGCCGUCGUCCACUUCCUCAUCAUCGGAAUCGGAAGAAGCGGAAUCAUCGAAGGUCGGAGCGCGUGUUAGGGUGAAGGUUCCGUUGAAGGUGUACCAUGUGCCCAAGGUUCCGGAGUUCGAUCUUGAAGGUGCGGAAGGGGAGAUCAAGCAGUACGUUGCGCUAUGGAAGGGUAAGAAAAUCUCUGCUAAUUUUCCUUAUAAGGUUCAGUUUGUUACUGAAAUUGAAGGUCGUGGUGCUGUCAAGUUCUUUGCGCAUCUUAAGGAAGAUGAGUUUGAGUUUCUCUGAGUUCAGUGAAACCCUAUUAUGUCUUAAUUCUAGUUCUGUUACACUAAAUCUAUGAUUACUUUGUCAUUAUUGAAUAGUAAAUAAUGAAAUGAUCCAUGUGCAGUGUUGUUGUA